GCCCGCCGCGCUGCCCCGGCUCUCCCCCGGCCCGCUCCGCGGCUCCCCCCGGCCCCGCUCCCCGCCGCGGGGUGGUGGCUCCGCUUGGCCAUGAGUUUACCGCAGAAGGCGGCUUUGAAACCCGGCGCGGCGGCGGCGGCGGCGGGGACCGGCCCCGGGAGCGGGGCGGCGGCGGGGCCGCCUCCCCCCCCGGCUCCCCCUCACCCGGCGCCGGCGCCUCACCCCAACAUCAGGGCCUUGCCGCCCCAGCCGCCCCAGCAAAUCCCCCGAGGUCCCGUGCAGCAGCCCCUGGAGGAUCGGAUCUUCACUCCGACCGUCUCGGCUGUGUACAGCACUUUUAUCUCUACACAGGUAACACAAGUAGCAAGACAGCCGGGUCCUCCUGCCCCAUCCCCUUACACUGCACAUGAAAUAACUAAGGGACACCCAAAUCUGGCUGCAACGCCACCGGGACAUGCUUCGUCCCCUGGGCUCUCACAGGCUCCUUAUCCCUCAGGACAGAAUGCAGCUGCAACCACGCUGGUGUACCCUCAAGCCCCCCAAGCAAUGAGCACGCAGCCCCAGACCCGCUCGCCGUUUGCAGCGGGGCCUCGACCUGCCCAUCACCAGUUUUUUCAGAGGCCUCAGAUCCAGCCUCCAAGAGCCACCAUUCAGAACAGCAGCCCCUCCAUCCGUCCCGGAGCUCAGACCCCGACUGCCGUGUACCAAACCAACCAGCACAUCAUGAUGGUGAACCACCUGCCAAUGCCCUACCCCAUGCCUCAGGGCCCCCAGUACUGUAUCCCACAGUAUCGUCACAGUGGCCCCCCGUACGUCGGGCCACCCCAGCAAUAUCCUGUGCAGCCCCCAGGACCAGGACCCUUUUAUCCAGGCCCAGGUCCUGGAGAAUUCCCCAAUGCCUACGGAACACCCUUCUACCCCAGCCAGCCUGUGUACCAGUCUGCACCCAUCAUUGUGCCUACGCAGCAGCAGCAGCCGCCGCCUGCCAAGAGGGAGAAGAAAACGAUCCGAAUCCGGGAUCCAAACCAGGGAGGCAAAGACAUAACAGAAGAAAUCAUGUCUGGAGGGGGCAGCAGGAACCCCACGCCCCCCAUCGUCAGACCCACCUCCACCCCGACCCCACCUCAGCAGGUGCCCAGCCAGGUCCCCGAGCCCGUUCCCUCGGCGUUGGGAGCCGUGGAGAGCUCCCAGCCCUCCGGCAGCGCCGCCGGCACCGCGGCCCCCGCCUCCAAACAAGAAGAGAAGCCAAAACCAGAUCCAGUAUUAAAACCACCUUCUCCAGUCCUCAGACCAGAACCUACUGGAGAGAAGAAAGAUCAAGCUGGGCAGAUGAGCAAGGCCCUCACAUCAGUGGAAACCCCACCAGAACUUCCUCGUCCUGCGUCCCCAGCCCCAGCCCCAGCCCCAGCCCCUCCUGCCGCCGCUGCUGUCGCCGUGCCCAGCAGAGCCGCGGCCGAGCCGGAGCACAGGUGUGAGCUGGCGUCCCCCCGGGAGGAGGCACUGCCAGCAGCCAGUGCCACAGGCUGCCCCGAGCCCGCGGAGGAGCCCAGUGCCACCGCGUGCCCCGAGCCCCGCGGGGCGGCGGCAUCGCCCGGUGACGCCCCGGUGACGGUGACAGCGACGGUGACGGCGACAGCGACAGCCGGGCCCGGGCUCACCGACCACACCAGCAGUGCCAGGGCCGCGGGCGCCGAGCCCCUGCUGGAGGCAGCCCAGGCAGAAGCUGUAGCGUUGACUGUGGAGCUGGAGCCCGUCGAGGCCCCGGCGGGGGUGCAGAGCGCCCCAUCUCCUCCCAGUGCUGCCCUGGCUGCUCCCUCUCCCCCUCCCAGCCCGCCCCUCUCCCCGCCGCCCCCGGCCCCUCCGCUGCCCCUCGCUGCUGGUGCCACUGCAGCUCCUUCUCCACCUCCUCUCCCGUCGCCGAGUGCCCUCCCUGUCCUCCAGGGAGAUUUGGAAGGAGAGGAGAGCACAAGAACUACUCUUAGCGAAGAGGUAAAAGAUACUGAAAAGAAGGAAGAGACACAAGCAGAUGGGCAACUGGAGGAGAGCCGGGAGGCGCCGAGUGUGAACUCGAGCAAGAGUCCUGUCCCAGCUCAAACUGCUGUAACUGCACCAAAGACCUGGAAGAAACCAAAAGACCGGACCCAAGCCACUGAGGAGGUGACAGAGGCAGAAACAGAGCUGAAGGAGGAGGAGGAGGAGGAGGAAUCUUCAGGGGACAAAGUACUUGAAUGUGACCAGGAGAAAAUGAGCCCUGGACCUCAAGCAGAGAGGGAGCCCUCGGAGCUCCCUCAGGCCGUGAAGGGCGUGGAGGAGAACGGGGAGCAGGAGGCAGAGCCGGUGCGGAACGGAGCCGAGAGCGUCUCGGAGGGCGAAGGCGCCGACGCCACCUCGGGCUGCACGGAGAGCCUGGGAGAGGGGCCCACCUUCCAGUACAAACCAGAGCAGUGGAAGCCCCUGGACCCGGAGGGGAAGAAGCAAUACGACCGGGAGUUCCUGCUGGAUAUCCAGUUCAUGCCUGCCUGUAUCCAGAAGCCCGAGGGGCUGCCUCCCAUCAGCGACGUGGUGCUCGACAAGGUGAGAGGAGAACCCAUCAAACAGGUCAAUCAGCCGAAAUUGCCGCUGCGGACUCUGGACCCCCGGAUCCUGCCACGAGGCCCUGACUUCACACCAGCCUUUGCUGAUUUUGGGAGGCAAGCCCCCGGGGGAAGAAACGUGUCUGGAAGUGCCUGCAAAGUGCAGAGCACCCCUGGAUUGCCCUCCCUGGCUCGGUGUGGGCCCCCAGCAUGCCCUCUCUUGGUCUCGCCUCACCCACCAUUGAGGAACCUGCCGAUAGGGUUGUUGAAUGUUGGGCCGAGGAGAUCUCAGCCAGGCCAGAGGAGGGAGCCCAGGAAGAUCAUCACUGUAUGUGUGAAGGAGGACGUGCACCUGAAGAAGGCAGAGAAUGCCUGGAAGCCGAGCCUGAAGAGGGAAAACCAGACGGAGGACCCGGAAAAUGUCAAAACCCAGGAGCUGUUCCGCAAGGUACGGAGCAUCUUGAACAAGCUGACACCCCAGAUGUUCAACCAGCUGAUGAAGCAGGUGACAGACCUGACGGUGGACACGGAGGAGAGGCUGAAGGGAGUCAUCGACCUGGUCUUUGAGAAGGCCAUCGACGAGCCCAGCUUCUCCGUGGCCUACGCCAACAUGUGCCGGUGCCUGGUGACGCUGAAAGUGCCCAUGGCAGACAAACCUGGGAGCACAGUAAAUUUCCGUAAGUUGCUGUUAAAUCGCUGCCAGAAGGAAUUUGAAAAGGACAAGGCUGAUGAUGAUGUCUUUGAAAAGAAGCAGAAAGAACUCGAAGCUGCCACCACUCCAGAGGAGAAGACGCGGCUGCACGAUGAGCUGGAAGAGGCCAAGGACAAAGCCCGGCGGAGAUCCAUCGGGAAUAUAAAAUUCAUUGGCGAGCUCUUCAAGCUGAAGAUGCUGACAGAGGCCAUCAUGCAUGACUGUGUGGUGAAGCUGCUGAAAAACCACGACGAGGAGUCCCUCGAGUGCCUUUGCCGCCUGCUCACGACCAUUGGCAAGGACCUGGACUUUGAGAAGGCAAAGCCCCGCAUGGACCAGUAUUUUAAUCAGAUGGAGAAGAUUGUGAAAGAAAGAAAAACCUCCUCAAGGAUUCGCUUCAUGCUUCAGGAUGUAAUAGACCUAAGGCUGUGCAACUGGGUGUCACGGAGAGCAGACCAGGGCCCCAAGACCAUUGAGCAGAUCCAUAAAGAAGCCAAGAUUGAAGAGCAGGAGGAACAGAGGAAGGUGCAACAACUCAUGACCAAAGACAAGAGGAGACCGGGUGUCCCACGGGUCGAUGAAGGCGGCUGGAACACUGUGCAGGGGGCGAAGAACAGCAGAGUGCUGGACCCCACCAAGUUCCUUAAAAUCACCAAGCCCACAAUAGAUGAGAAGAUUCAGCUCGUGCCUAAAGCCCAGUUGGGCAGCUGGGGGAAGGGCAGCAGUGGUGGAGCCAAGGCAAGCGAGAUGGACUCCUUGCGACCAAGUGCCACAAGUCUGAACAGAUUUUCUGCCCUGCAGCCUCCAGUCUCCCCAGUAUCUGCCUCAUCUGCAUCUUCAGAACUAGAAUCUCGCAGGGCCUUAACGAGUCGUGGGAGCACGGGCAGGGAGAAGAACGACAAAGCUCUGCCACCUUCCCUGUCCCGGCCCAACACCUUCCUCCGGGGCAGCAGCAGCAAGGAGCUGCUGCUGGACAACCAGGCCCAGGAGGAGCAGCGCAGGGAGAUGCUGGAGACGGUGAAGCAGCUGACAGGAGGCAUGGAGAUGGACAGGAACAGCACUGAGGCCGAGAGGAACAAAGCCAAGGAACCUGCCAAGCCAGAAGCUCCCCCAGCUCCUGUGCAAGAAAAGCCUUCACUAUCAGAAGAGGAAAUAGAGAGAAAAUGCAAAUCUAUCAUUGAUGAGUUCUUGCAUAUUAAUGAUUUUAAGGAGGCCAUGCAGUGUGUGGAGGAGCUGAGUGCCCAGAGCCUGCUGCCCGUGUUCGUGCGCGUGGGCGUGGAGUCCACGCUGGAGCGGAGUCAGAUCACCAGGGAUCACAUGGGCCAGUUGUUACAUCAGCUGGUGCAGUCAGGAAAGCUGAGCAAGCAGGAUUUCUUCAAGGGUUUUUCCGAGACCCUGGAGAUGGCGGAUGACAUGGCCAUAGAUAUACCCCAUAUCUGGUUGUACCUGGCUGAGUUGGUGACCCCCGUGUUAAAAGAAGGAGGAAUCUCUAUGAGAGAACUUAUACAAGAAUUUAGCAAACCCUUGCUUCCUGUGGGAAGAGCCGGUGUCUUGCUUGCUGAAAUCUUGCACCUUCUAUGCAAACAAAUGAGCCAUAAGAAAGUGGGAGCCUUAUGGAGGGAGUCUGGCCUCAGUUGGAAAGACUACUUGCCCGAAGGGGAGGAUGUACAUACCUUUCUCAUGGAACAAAAGUUGGAGUUCACGGAGUCUGAUUGUUCCAGUUCCUCAGAAGCACUUUCAGAGAAAGAACUCUCUGCGGAAGAGCUGAAUAAGCAGCUGGAAAAACUCAUUGUAGAGGACAAGGCGAAUGAUGAACAAAUCUUUGAUUGGGUAGAGGCUAAUCUAGAUGAAAGCCAGAUGAGUUCACCUACAUUCCUUAGAGCUUUAAUGACAGCAGUUUGUAAAGCAGCUAUUAUAGUGGACUCUUCCAGCUUCCGAGUGGACACUGCUGUUAUCAAACAGAGAGUGCCCAUCUUACUCAAGUACCUGGACUCAGACACAGAGAAGGAACUACAAGCACUUUAUGCACUACAAGCAUCAAUAGUAAAACUUGAUCAACCUCCUAAUUUGUUGCGGAUGUUUUUUGAUUGCCUGUAUGACGAGGAGGUCAUUUCGGAGGAUGCCUUCUACAAGUGGGAAAGCAGCAAGGACCCGGCGGAGCAGAACGGGAAAGGAGUAGCGCUGAAAUCUGUCACGGCGUUCUUCACAUGGCUACGGGAGGCUGAAGAGGAGUCAGAGGAUAAUUGAAACUUAAAUACAGAUUUAAAACAAACAAACAAAAGAGAAACAAUUUAAGUAUUUUUUUAAAAAGUUUCACGUCUUCGCCAAUCACAGUGCAGCAAGGCCAAUUCUCUCUCGCAGACCCCCCCUUGCCCCACACACGCAGGAGUGGGAGAGGUAAAACCCCAUAAACACCGAGGUGAUCAUGGAGGCAAAAAGGUACUUGAAAACAAACCCACAAAAGUUAACUUCAAACCUGAGGGCGGGAGCACUAAACCAAAAUACAUGUAUUAUUUAUAGAAAGUUUUUCUGUUUUAAUCUUUUUCUUUUCUUUUUAAACAAGGACUCAUACUUAGGAAAACACACAGCAAAACAAAUCUGUUAGCAAAAACAAAAACAAGUUGAAAACUUUUAAUUUAUUAUUUUAAGGACUGCAAAUGCCAGUGUAAUUUUUAAAUUUGCAGUUUCUGUAAACAAAUUGUAUAAUAGAACAAAAGCAGAGAAAUAAAUUUCCCUCCCCUUCAUACGCACCUCAGUUUUGUUUCAAAGCAUGAUAAAUAGACAAAACUUUGAAGGGGGUUGGGGUGAGCUAGAUGAGGACAA